GGUCGUUCAUCCAUCUCAAACUUGUUAGUUUUCUAGAUCCAAUCAUCAUGUCUCUCUUCGGAAAGUUGGAAACUGAUGUAGAAAUCGAAGCUCCCGCUUCGAAGUUUCACGAAAUCUUUCACCAAAGGCCUCACCAUAUCUCCAAUGUGUCGGGCGACAAAAUCCAAGGCUGCGAGAUUCACGAAGGCGAAUGGGGACAAGUUGGCUCCGUCGUUUACUGGAACUACGUUCACGAUGGGAAGCCUUGCGUAGCGAAGGAGAUAAUCGAAGCGGUCGAUGAGGAGAAUAAUAUGAUCUCGUUUAAAGUAAUAGAAGGAGAUCUUUUGGAAGAGUACAAAAGCUUUAAGUUAACGAUCCAUUGUCUUCCAAGGGAUAAGGGAAGUGUGAUUCAUUGGACUUUGGAAUAUGAAAAGCUACACGAUGAGGUUCCUGAUUCACAUAGCUUGCUUCAAUUCUGUGUCGAUGUCUCGAAAGACAUUGAAGCUCAUCUCAUGGAGGAUGACAAAGAACCACUUCUUUUUUCAAAUCCGGCCAUCAUGAGUUUGUGUGGGAAAUUAGAGGCCGAUGUAAAAAUCAAGGCCCCGGCUUCAAAGUUCCAUGAAAUGUUUCAUCGAAAGCCUCACCAAAUCUCCAAGGCUUGUGGAGACAAAAUCCAAGGUUGUCAGCUUCAUGAAGGCGAAUGGGGCAAAGUUGGCUCGAUCAUUUACUGGAACUAUGUUCAUUGUGGGAAGGCUUCAGUAGCUAAGGAGGUAAUUGAAGCGGUUGAUGAGGAGAACAAUAAGAUAUGUUUCAAAGUCAUAGAAGGAGACCUUUUAAAGGAUUAUAAGAGCUUUAGAAUUAUAAUUCAGUGUAUUCCAAAGGAUAAGGGAAGCGUGGUUCAUUGGAUUUUCGAGUAUGAAAAGCGACACGAGAAGAUUCCUGAUUCACAUAGCUUGCUUCAUUUGUGUGUUGCUAUCUCCAAAGACAUCGAAGCUCAUCUCCUGGGUAAUGAAAAGCCAUGUGGCGCGUAAGUCGGAGUACUUGAGAAUAAGAUAUCUGGACACGUUUCUACGUUAAUGUGUUUAAAUAAGAUCAUCUGUUUGUGUGUGUCAUAUGAUCGAGACAUGUUUGGAAUCAUGUUUGAAAUGGGAAUAAAGUUUGUAAGAAUAUGUGUGUACUAAAAAAUAAUAAAUGUACGUUAUAAUAAGGAUUGUUGUGUUUCU